UGUUGUCAGUACUUCUGUUUCUCAUCUAAUCAUCAUGUCUGACGAUGCUCUGGUUCUUAGCUAUUACGACAGUGUUCUACGCCAAUCAGAUGUCUUGCUACUGGAACCACCUCACUGGAUCAAUGACCGCUUGAUUGGGUUUGUGUUUGAGUACGAGAGUAGACGAUACGAUUAUGCCGCAUUCGUAGCUGCCGAUGUGGCUCAAUUUAUCAAACUCAGUUCCCCAAAUGACGUCACUGAGUUUAUGGCUCCACUCGAGUUGAGUUCAAAAGAAGUCGUGUUGAUACCUGUGAAUGACAACGAUGAUGCUGAAAGAAGUGGUGGAGUUCACUGGAGUUUGCUGUCUUUCAUUAGAAAGACCAACUCAUUUUGUCACUAUGAUUCACUUUUGAAACUUAAUACAGAACAAGCUCAACGAAUUGCAGACAAACUUAGGUUUUGUUUGUUGCCAGAUAAGCCCCCCUCGUUUCAGGAUGUCGACUGUCCUCAGCAAACGAAUAGUUAUGAUUGUGGAAUGUAUACUAUUUGUUUCGUAUAUUAUGUUCUACAUCAUGUACUAGAGGGUAACGAAAAGAGCCUGAAAGAGGUUGUGAGACCUGAGACAGUCGCACUGAAAAGAAAGGAGUUAAAGGAACUAAUUUCGGAAAUAUCUUUACAAUAUUGUAAACAGUAG